UGGCAGGCAGCGGGGCAAAAGCAUUUCUUUCUUUUCCCCUCUUUCCAAAAGAUGUCUUUGAUUAGUGUAACGCGUAAGCUCUACUACUACUACGCGGCAGCACUGAGCUUCUGCAAGCUUCUACUAAAAGCCGGCGCAGCAGCGGCAGGAGGAGGUUAGCAGCUUGGUCAUCAUCGGUGCUCGGUGUCAGGGGAGAUAGAUCCAUGGAGCCCAAGGAGGCGACGAAAGAGGAUGCGGCGGCGCCGGCGGCCGGAGCCGCCGCAGUUGAUGUCGGUGGCGCCGGAGCAAAGAAUGGACCUCCAGUGCCGGUUGACAAUGCCGCAGCUGCCCCGGCUGACAGAGAUGCCGUUCUUGCAAAGGUGGAGAUGGACAGGAAGCUGUCGAUGAUCAAGGCUUGGGAGGAGAGCGAGAAGAGCAAAGCUGAGAACAAGGCUCAGAAGAAGAUGUCAUCCAUCAUGUCGUGGGAGAACACAAAGAAGGCUGCUGCGGAAGCAAAGCUUCGAACCCGAGAGGAGAAGCUGGAAAAGAAGAAAGCGGAGUACGCAGAGAAGAUGAGGAACCAGAUUGCAGCCAUCCACAAGGAGGCUGAAGAGAGGCGGGCGUCGGUGGAGGCCAAGCGACACGAGGAAAUUCUCAAGUAUGAGGACAUGGCAGCCAGUCACCGAUCCAAAGGGACCACCCCGGCAAAGAAAUUCCUGGGCUGUUUCUAGCUAAGGAAGGAACACAAGAUAUUAUACAGUUCAGUCGUGUUCUUGUGCUUUCUGGAAGGGACCCAAGUGUGAGAUCCUGAAUCAAUUUUUGGUUCUCCUUGGAAUGGCAUGCAUGAGCAGAACAGAACGCCUAUACGGUGUCCAGUUCAUUAGUUGCAGUUUUGGCUUGUUUUCGUGUAUAAUUGUACGUAUACGUCUUCAGCAUCUCGGCUAUUGUUCUGCUGUGUGUAUUGUUUGCUGAAAAUAUGCGUGUGCUUGCUGCUUUGCUUGUGCAGUAAGAUGUAAUUGUAUGUAUUGUAACCGCUGAACAUUUUUUUUUUCAAAAGUGAAAGCUUGUAGCAA